ACUUACCAUUUAAAAAUAAAGUGUACACAUACAUUUUGUUUUAAGAAAAUAGAGUGUACAGUACAUUGUAUUUUAGAUUUCCAUUAGAAACGCUGCUUCUGACCGGCACCCUGUUCCAAUUUUUAUCAUUCAUGAGCUUUUCAUAAAACCUACAAAACCGAAUAUUCCCAUAAUUGCAACACACAAACAUACAUCAGCUGAAUAGAAUGUGACCAUAUUAUUAUCAGGGCAGGGUGCUGUGCUUCUCUUAGCUAGGUUUAAAUUGCUUUCGAUUAUAAAACGAUAGCAACUUGAGAUCAAGCCUGUAAUGUAUUCGUUAUUAUAAUUAGUAACCGAAGUGAUUCGCAUAUUUACAAACAUCUACACUCACACCCUCAGUGUAAUGCAACUAGGUUCAUUGUUUUUAGUCCUAACUCCGUUAUAUCACAGAUCGUCUUUUACAAAUCACCGCAUACUUCUAUGAAAUGAUUGAUAUUUUCAAUGAUGGAAGUCAAAAACUACCGAUUUUCAUGGAUUAAUCCAUUCAUUUUUAGGAUUUUUCUCAUUUAUUUUUAAAUUUGAAGACGACUAAAAGUAAUCAGAAAUAUCAGUUGUUUUUCCUCGAAGAAACUUUUCUAUUAAUGAAGUAAUAUAUUUUUUGCUUAUUUAUUCGCAAAAAAUUAAGAACAAUGAUCGUAUUAAUGAAUAACUGACAUCAGUGAUGUGCUCUUCUAUUGUUUUUUAAAUCUUAGAAAUCUAUUAUUUAUUUGAUUCUUAUUCCUUUUUUUUCAUUCCGUUCAGUUCUAGGCUAUGCAUUAGGUGAACGUUUAAUUGAUAUUCACCAAAAUGCUCGAUGGAAACCGAACGGUGUCACUGUAGCUGGAGGAAAUGGUAAAGGCGCUGGAAUCAAUCAACUCUCGAUGCCAUCGGGCUUGUAUGUUGAUGAUGAACAAACGAUCUAUGUGGCUGAUAGAGAGAAUCAUCGUAUUGUGGAAUGGAAAUCAGGUGCGACGAGUGGCCGAGUAGUUGCUGGUGGAAAUGGAAUGGGAAGUAAUGCAAAUCAAUUAUAUCAACCAUUUGAUGUGAUCGUCGACAAAGAAAGCGAUAGUCUCAUUAUCUGCGACCAAGGCAAUAAAAGAGUGGUUCGAUGGCCUCGUCGAAAUGGAAUAAGUGGAGAAACCAUCAUCUCUAACAUUUUUUGUAGAGGUUUGACAAUGCACGACGAUGGAUCUCUCUAUGUCAUUGACAAUGAAAACUCUGAAGUAAGACGAUAUCGACGAGGGGAAUCUCAAGGAACCGUAGUUGCAGGUGGUCAUGGAAGUGGACAUGAUCCCAAUCAACUCUUUGAACCACAAUACAUUGUCGUCGAUAAAGAUCAUGCAGUGUAUGUCUCUGAGCACGGACAAUCACGUGUGACGAAAUGGGUGGAAGGUGUAGAAGGACGCAUUAUCGUGGCUGGUGGCAAUGGAAAAGGACCUCAGCUUAUGCGCAUGGUAUAUAAUGAAGGAAUACUUGUCGAUCAAUUGGGUACUGUCUAUGUGGCUGAUCUCGGAAAUGGUCGAAUCAUGCGUUGGACAAAAGGAGCCACAGAAGGUAGCAUCGUAGUUGGUGGAAACGGCAAUGGACAAGCGUCAAACCAACUCAAUAUGCCCUACGGUUUGUCAUUCGAUAAACACGGUAAUCUCUAUGUCACCGAUUUGGGAAACCAUCGAGUUCAAAAAUUCGAUAUCGAAUUCAAUUGA